AGUCCGGAGUCCCAACUGGAGCAGCUCGCUCGCCCCGUCGCCCGUCGCCGCAUCCUCGCGUGGCCGCGCCGGAGCCGCCUCGCCGAUCCGUCCUAGGCUCCUUGCUGCGUAACUUGCGCUCCUCCCUUCCUGCCCGUGCAAUGGAGGCGACGGUGUUUAUGAAGCUCGCCCUCGACCAGGCAAAGUUCGCGUUGAACAACCUCGAGGUUCCUGUAGGAUGUGUGAUUGUGGAAAAUGGGAAGGUUAUUUCCUCUGGUAGCAACAGGACCAAUGCCACCCGAAAUGCAACCAGACAUGCUGAGAUGGAAGCAAUCGAUGAUCUGCUACGGGAGUGGCAGAGUAUGGGUCUUGACCAGACACAAACAGCGGAGAAGUUUGCCGGGUGCGACCUUUAUGUCACGUGUGAGCCGUGCAUAAUGUGUGCAUCGGCAUUGUCAAUAUUAGGAAUAAGGGAAGUAUACUUUGGUUGUGCCAAUGAUAAAUUUGGAGGGUGUGGAUCAGUCAUGUCACUCCAUGAGAAUUCUUCCUUGGAUGAUUUGUCAGGGGGCCAUAAUCCCAGACUGAGAGGUUUCAAAUGUACUGGGGGGAUCAUGGCAGAAGAGGCAGUAGCUCUUUUUAGGAAUUUCUAUGAGCAGGGAAACCCAAAUGCUCCGAAGCCUCACAGACCAGUCCGAGUAGAUCAGCAAUGAUCUUCUCCACACAUUUCAGCUCCGAAGCCUCACAGACCAGUCCGAGUAGACCAGUCCGAAGCCUCACAGUUUUUUAGUCGAAGUGCGAGGAUGAGUCAGCUGGAUGUCAGUUAUUCUAAAUAAUGAAUUGCAAUCUGCUUAAGAUCUCCAUUCCGCUAACGAUUCAAAAAGAUCUUCCACUAUCGAUUACCUUGUGUUUCUCAUGCCUCGUCAUUUGUAACCUUCAGGGCAACAUUUGGUUAUAACCUAUGACGAUAUAAAAUGCUGCUUGGCUUCUUAAUAUGAUUUGUUUCCGUAAGAAGACAAUGCA